AUGAUGUUUAUUAAUGAUGAGGAAGAUGUCGAAGAGGAUGAUGAUGAAGAGGAUGAGGAUGAAGAUAAAGUUGAUGAUGCAGAUGAUGUAUUCUCUGCAUGUAGUCACAGUGAUAAUGAUGAUGAUGAUGAUGAUGACAAUGAUCAGGGUGGUACUGGUAUUAAAGUUACUAAAGCUUCGAAUGAACAAAAUGUUGAUAAUUUUCUUCAUGAUGAUGCGAAUGAAGAGGCUGAAGAUGCUACAAGAGAGGGGGAGAAUGUGGAUGAUCAAAAUGUUGAUAAAGUUGAGAAGUUGAUUCUACGUCUAGAGCCUGAGGUAGAGGAAGGAGAAAUCAGGCAUACAUACACAAUGGCUGAGAUUAUUGAGUUGACAAGGAUUGAUGAUCCUAACUUCAAGUUUGACUUUGAAGAUGAAUUGAAUGCGUUUGAUAUCAACAACAUCCUAAAUAUGAGUACAAGUAUGUUGAAGAGGCAGACAUCUAUGAUAGAGUUGAGGUUGAAGAUUGAUGAAGAAAGUGUGAAUGAAGACACUUCUAACUUUCCAACUCUUGUUAAAUUUUUUAGUCAAGAGAAUGCAGAUGAAUUGAGAAGGAAAGUUGCUGAAUGUUUGAAAGAUAAAAACUUUGAUGGUACUACGAAAGAUGCACAGAAUGAAGAAAGAAAGAAGUGGUUUAGAAAGAGCAAUGAAAGAAAGUUUAAGCGGCCAUUGAAUUACUACAAAAGAGACAGGGAUGUGUCACUCGUGGAUAUCAUCAGUUGGGGAUUCUUGCCUCAAGUGAAUGCGUAUGCUAUUCGACGAGAAUUUGGAGUGCAGUAUUUUUAA